AUGGGGGAGCUGGUAACCCAGGAUAUGGAGAAGGUUGAGGUACUCAGUGGCUGGUUUUUUUUGCCUCAGUCUUCACUGGCAAGUGCUCCAGCCACACCACCUGAGUUGCAGAAGCGGACGGUGUCCCUGCCGUGGGCAGAGGGGCUGGAACCGGAGCCCUCCAGGGCCCUUCCACCUCCGGCCACCCCCGGACUGCCGUGGGCAGAGGGGCUGGAACCGGAGCCCUCCAGGGCCCUUUCACCCCCGACCCCUCCCGGUUGCACCCGCCCGGGCCCGCGCGCCGCCGCCGCUUCCGCCGCGCGGUCCCUCCCGCGCGCCGCCCCCUCCCGGCAGCCCUCGCGCCGGAAGCGGCUGACGACAACAACAAACACCGGCGGCGGCGGCGGCCGCCCCAGGCAGGGCUCCCCCACUUACCGCGGCCCCCAGCCCGCCCCGCCGAGCCGCCUCUCCCCGCUCGCCGCCUCUCCCCGCUCGGCCGCGGGCCCCGCCGAGGCGCUGCGCGCCCCCGCGGAGCCGCCGGGCCCGGCCGCGCGGCGCGGGGGGAGACGCGCCGCCACCGGCGCAGGAUGA